CGACUUUGUUUGGGUUGUCAUUCUGUGACCAUCUGUGUGAAACAAAGUGCGGUGCGGUAUUUUUAUCAUCGAGAAAACGGUAGUGUAGUGAGCAAUAAAAAUGUCCGAAGAAGAUGGAAAAUUCGACAGCAUCCUGUUUGGUAUGGCCGCCCAACACACCGAAGGCGUGCCGGAGAUGCUGGGCACGAUUGCGAGUUUUCUGAACCGAAAGACCGACUUCUUUGUCGGCGGUAACGAGGGAGACUGGGAGAAGCUCACGCUGAAAAUAUUCCGUGCGGAAGCCAAAAAGGCACAGGAGGUGGCCGAUAAGAAGCGAAAGGAACGCGAGGCUGGGGAGAAGCGUCGGCAAGAAGUGUUGCGCAAAAAGCGUGAAGAAGAGGAGGCACAGAAAAAGUCGGCCAGCGUUACCGAACUGACCGACGAGGAGGCUGAGAAGCUGCAAAAAGAACUGGACGCCAAAAAGAACAAAGAGAAGGAAUCGGAAGCGAAAAAGGAAACAAAAGAUGGUGAAAAGAACGCGAACAGUGAUAAUGAAGACGUAGAACCGGGAGAUGAAGGUAAGCUAAAACCAAACCGAGGAAACGGAUGUGACCUGGAUAGGUACGGAUGGACGCAAACACUGCAAGAGAUAGAGCUGAAGGUGCCAUUCGAUGUAAAGUUUACACUGAAAGCAAAAGACGUGGUGGUUAAUAUGCAACGAAAGUCGCUAAAGGUGGGCCUCAAAGGCCACCCGCCAGUGAUCGACGGUGAACUGCACUGUGAGAUCAAAAUCGAAGACUCCCUGUGGCAUUUGGACAAGAACACGGUAGUAAUCACGUUCGAAAAAAUCAACCAGAUGAACUGGUGGGAUCGGCUGGUCGCAACCGAUCCGCCCAUCAACACCCGGAAGAUUAAUCCCGAGUCGUCGAAGUUGUCCGACCUGGACUCGUCAACUCGCAGUAUGGUCGAGAAAAUGAUGUACGACCAGAAGCAGAAAGAGUUGGGUCUACCGACGAGUGACGAGCAGAAGAAGCAGGAUGUAUUGAAGAAGUUUAUGGAGCAACAUCCAGAGAUGGACUUUUCGAAUUGUAAAUUUAACUAAGGUACAAAUAUUGGGCAGUCUGCCGGUGUGUUCAGAUUAACCGGCCCGUGUUCCAUGAAACUUUGUAUGCAUUCGCAACGUAGAGUUUAAUGAGUAUCUGGUGUCUAGUGACCGCUAUCGCGGAUAAAGGAGCGUUCUGCAUCUCGGCGAGCAAAUGGAAUGUGGUCGAGUGUGACGAAGAGACGUCUCUAACUGCUGAGCAGGGGUCCAGGUGGCCGGUUGCUAAUAGUAUUACUGGAUAUAUAUUGUAACAUUACCAAACAAGAAACUUUGAAGAGUCUUUUG